CACCAGGGAUCCCCAACCAGCACUGCGACGACCACCGGCGCAAGGCGUGGAGCAUCAAGAACAAGAACUGCCUGCGAGCGAAGCUCAACUGGCACCGGUAGUGCCCGUUCGAGAACCGGCCGACGCUGCGAUGGGUCUUUCUGAUCUCGCUAGUCGUCGUCGUCGUCGGCGUGCUGAUCACCGGCGUCGUCUUCACCGUCUACUACAACGCCAUGUACUAUUCGCGCGGCGCGUUCCUGCUGAAAGGCAAGAACCAUACCCAGGCUCAUACCCAAGUCCAAGGCCAAUACCCCAACGACCAUGUCGUCCAAUAUUCCCGCCCCGCGGACAUCAUCGUCAACCCAGAUGCCACCCCUCUCCCCCUCCUUCUCGGCCGCCGAGACACGGGCACCGCGGCAGCCGCAGGUGGUACUAAUGUGUGCGGCGAGAGGAGGGAUAGCUGCCAGGCGUAUAACCAAUCUAAUCUAUGCUGCCCCGUCGGAAUGAUCUGCUACGCAAGCGCCUUCUCGCCCUCGGGGGUGUACUGCUGCGCAUCCGGGUCCUCCUCCUCCUCCUCCUCUGACGAUGAUGAUGAUGACCCCCCACAGCAGCAGCAGCAGCAGCAGCAGUGCCUCGCGACCCGGUCCCAGCCCCCGCGGUGCGACGGCCGCAUGAAGCCCUGCGGCGCGGACCUCGGGGGCGGGUGCUGCGCGCCGAACACGGAGUGCGCGGCGGCCGGGUGUCUGAAGGUGUACCGGGCGGAGCCGGGGCUCUCGGCGACGGCGGUGCUCAGCGGGCCGCCGACCGCGAUACCGACGACGACUGUCACCAGGACCACGACUGUGGUCGGGUUCGGCAAGGGCGCCGACGGCGGGGUCACGGUCACGCAGGCGAAGAUCGCGGAGACGGGGCGGAGCGCGGGGGUCAGCGUGAGGAGGACCAGGGGGGUUGUUGGUCGUAGUAUGAGUAUGCUUGUCGGGUUUGGGGUUGGGGUUGCGUAUGCUAUGGCUUUUUUGUGAAAGGAAGUGGAUGAGUUAAGUUGAGUUGAGUUGAGUGGGUGGGUGGGUGGAUGAGUAAGUGAGUGAGUGAGGUAAAGAAAGACUUGGUGGUUAGGGCGUUGAGUUUCGAAAGAACAAGAAAAAGGGGGGAUACCUGCGCAGUAUAUUCCUUCAGAUUGUAUUGUUUUCACAGCAUGGGUUUAUGAGGUAGCUAUUUCGUACCUUUCUCAUAGUUUACUUAAGUUGGGUAGGUAGGUACCUACCUCCUAACUCUGGUUUACUUGAAAAUGAAGCUUUCUACACAUAUUCAACGUUUCGG